UUUUUUUUUUAAAUGAAUACUACAAACACACAAAAUUAGAUUGAAAACAAUGACCAACAGAAGAGGUUCCUGUUUGAGGGACUAGUGAUCUCAGAAUUCCUGCAAGCUUCUUGUCAAAGAAGGCUGAUGAAGAAAGAGGAAGAAAGCAAGAGAGAGAACCUGUAUGUGCCUCUGCUUUAUGGUUUGGAGGGAAGAGAUGCACAAGAACAGAAAGUGCUGCUCCUCAUCAUUCAUCCUCUUUCUGCCAUCAGCAGACAUCAAGACCAAUUCCAACUGGCCUUACUGAAAGCUUUAGAAAAACUAAGAUGACAUUUUUCUACCUUUUCCCUCAACACAUUGACCUCCCAUCCAUUUAUCUAGAUGAGGAAAAAUAGUUCAAGGACAGUUGAAUUUUUAGGUAUCUCCUUCCUUUCCUCUCCUGAUGUCCAGAGUUUUCUUUCCCCCAGUCAACUCUAAGCUCUCCAUUUAUAUUGCUUCUCCUUGUAGCAUUUUUACACACACCCCCACCCCACUCCAAUUGAUAGGUAGACAUUUUGUCCAACCAUUCUUACAUUAUUGAUGACUGUUUUGAAGAACUACUUUAUACUGUUUUAUUAGGUUGAUGUCCUGGAACAAAGGACAUUCUCUGCAAUAACUUGAUCUUUCCGAGUCUAAACUCGGUGCCAAAUUCAACCAAAUUUAUUAGGGGAUGAGAGGGAAAUUUCAAAGAAAAAUAUCAAGUUUCAUAAAAAUAGGCAAUUGGAUAAGGGACAAACUAGGUUUUAAGCAUGCAAAAAUUAACACAUAACAUGACUCUAAAUGGAAUAUUCCAUCCCUAUGGCUAAUUUCUGUAGCUGGAUAAAACAAUUUUCAUGUCACCAAAUAAGAUACAAGCAGAUAAAAAUAAAAUUUGUGACUCAACUAAGAUGCAAAUCUUUGGAUGAACUGGCUUGCUUAAUUCCAGUGUUAACCCAAGUAUUUCUAUCUGGGGAUUCUGUCUCCAGACCUAAAGGGCUCCUCCGCUCAUGGAUUCCACACAGAUUAAGACUGGAGCCAAUGACUUGCAGACCAAAGCUGACCGACUGGUACAAAUGAGCAUUUGUGCUUCCCUGGCACGGAAGUUUCCCAAGGUGACAAUCAUAGGAGAAGAAGAACUAUCCACUGAUGAGGUAACUGAGGAAUUAAUUGAAGAUGGCCACUGUGAAGAAAUACUGAAGAGAACUUGUCCUGCUCAGUACAGAGGAAUUAAAGAGGAAGAGCUUGUAAUAUGGGUUGAUCCCUUGGAUGGAACCAAGGAGUACACUGAAGGUCUCCUUGACCACGUAACGGUUCUUAUUGGAAUUGCUUAUGGAGGCAAAGCAAUAGCAGGAGUUAUUAACCAGCCAUAUUACAACUAUGAGGCAGGAGCUGAUGCUGUGUUGGGCAGGACAAUCUGGGGAGUCCUGGGCAUAGGUGCCUUUGGAUUUCAGCUCACAGAAGCACCUGCUGGGAAACACAUCAUCAUUACCACCCGCUCUCACAGCAGUACCCUGGUAAAUGACUGCAUCAGUGCCUUGAACCCAGACAGUGUCAUCAGAGUUGGAGGAGCAGGAAACAAGGUCAUUCAACUUAUAGAAGGCAAGGCAUCUGCUUAUGUAUUUGCCAGUCCUGGGUGCAAGAAGUGGGAUACAUGCGCACCCGAAGCUAUUCUACAUGCUGUGGGAGGCAAGAUAACAGAUAUCCAUGGAAAUUCAUUUCAGUAUAACAAGGAAGUGAAACACAUGAAUUCAGCUGGGGUCCUUGCCACUUUGAGAAAUUAUGACUAUUAUGCCAGUCGUAUUCCUAACACUGUUAAACAAUCUCUUAUGCCUUAAAGCAGUAAGGCAUCUUCACUUGGCCUGGAAGGCUGAGAAAGCAAGCUUGGAGAAAAACAAAGAAAGAUGAUAACUGAGCUUGAAAUUUUGUUUUAUAGAAUCUGAACUGAAUUCUUACAUUAAGGUGUUCAAUAAUUUCAAAAUUACAUACAGAAUCUCUAGGUAUAUGUUUGAUCAGAUUGUUUUGCUGUGUUUAGUAGACAACAUCAAAACAGUCACAUUUCUUCAAUAGUUGUUUUCCAUGUUCUUUGGGAGUAUUCAUUCUUCACGAUUGUGCUUAAUAUACUGCUAAUCAUAACACUACAGUCCAAAAAUCAUCAUAAUAUUCAGGGCACAAAAUCACAUUAAGUCAUUUACCUGAUCUUGCUCAAUGUUUCUUGUUGUAUGUAGUCAACAAGGGUUUAUUGUGUUAAAUACAAACGGACUAAGAAGUU